CAAAUCCAAAGCCAGAAAGCAGCCAAUAAAAUCUUAGCUGGGACCUAACUUUAAACGGACCGGUACUCCCCACACCACGCCACGUGUCCAUUCCAACGCAUUCUCCGUGGGCUCUUGCUCACUCAAACAUAUUCCCUUCCCUCUCUUAUUUAACCGCUUUCUGCCGGUCCCUUCUCUUCUCUCACUCUCAAAUUUCCAAAAGCAAAGAAAAGAGAAGGAAAGAUUUCUUUUUCCUGGCAUGGAUUCAGAGACCAACAAGAAGCUACCAGUUACUGAUCCCUUAAAGAGCGAAGGGAAGGAGAAAAAUGGCUCAGCCAUGACUAAACAAGGAGCUUAUGCUGCCAUUUCUUACAUGGCCAGUGCAGUUCUCUUGGUAAUGUUCAACAAAGCAGCCCUUUCUUCUUACAGUUUCCCAUAUGCAAACGUCAUCACACUCUUUCAGAUGCUAUGUUCAUGCUUAUUCCUUUAUGUAUUGAAAUUCUGGAAGAUCAUAUCUUUUACAACUAGUGAACCGCAGAACAUGUCUAACAACCCAGCAAGACUUGUAUCAUUUAAGACAUUGCUUCACUCCCUUCCCCUGGCGUUGUCAUAUCUGCUUUACAUGCUGAUCACAAUGGAAUCUGUACGUGCCAUAAAUGUCCCCAUGUACACCACCCUUAGGAGGACUACCGUGGCUUUCACAAUGAUUGUGGAGUAUCUUUUGACAGGACAGAAACAUUCCUUGCGUGUUGUUGGCAGUGUUGGGAUAAUCAUACUUGGUGCAUUUGUUGCUGGAGCUCGAGAUUUGUCAUUCGAUGCUUAUGGCUAUGCCGUUGUCUUUGUAGCAAACAUUUGUACAGCAGUAUAUCUUGCUUCUAUUGCUCGAAUUGGUAAAUCUAGUGGCCUUAAUAGCUUUGGUCUUAUGUGGUGCAAUGGUAUAAUUUGUGGACCAAUCUUGCUGUUCUGGACAUCAAUUAGAGGAGAUUUGGAAGCAAUGAGGAACUUUCCCUUUCUCUUCUCGCCAGGAUUUCAGGUGGUGAUGCUUCUUUCCUGUAUCAUGGCUUUCCUAAUUAAUUAUUUUGUGUUUAUGAAUACAACACUAAAUUCAGCUUUGACACAGACUAUCUGUGGUAAUUUGAAGGAUCUUUUCACCAUUGGAUUUGGCUGGAUACUAUUUGGUGGGCUUCCAUUUGACUUGAUGAACGUUGUUGGCCAGUCCCUUGGUUUCUUUGGAUCUUGCUUGUAUGCCUACUGCAAACUGAAAGGGCAAUAAAUGCCGAAACUGCUGCUUAGCAGAGGUAUACUGGGGGAAAAUUGCUCAAAUGGCAGAUCACUAAUGCCUUCAUUCAAUUGCCAACUUUUUGUUUCUAGUUAUAGCAGACACAAGGGAAUGGUACCACAUGUCUUAUGUAGAUAACUUUUCUUCAUAAUAUGCAAGAUGUUGGCUGCUCCACCAUUGAAUAUUUUCAUCUCACUCAAGCUAUUUUCUUCAUUUA